AUGGGUUGUACAGCGAGUGUGUUCCUGUGGAGGAGCUUGCAGACUUUGUUGGGCAGAAACUAUAACCGUGUGUGUAAAGCCGAGGCUGAGGAAACUGAGGUUGUAGAAGAUUCAGACACGGAAAGCUGCAAGGAAUCACUGACACCAGCACCGGCGUCAGGAACACUGGUGAAGCCGAAGCUGUUCGAGCCGCUGGACUAUGAAAACGUCCUGGUGCAGAGGAAGACUCAGAUCCUCAAUGACGUCCUCCGGGACAUGCUGCAGUUCCCCAUCGAUGACUUUCAGAUGUGCAGUGUGAAGCGUCAGGGCAGGACUCUGUACACCACCGUCCCUGAGGGAGCAGAGAAAAGCGCCAGCAGUCUGUUUGUCCAGGAGUGCAUCAAGACGUACAACUCAGACUGGCAUGUGAUUAACUACCAGUAUGAGGAUUAUUCCGGAGACUUCCGUCAGCUGCCCAAUAAAGUUCCCCGGCCAGAGAAGCUGCCCAUUCAUGUGUUUGAGGUUGAUGAGGAUGCAGACAAGGAUGAGGAUACAUCGUCUCUGGGCUCUCAGAGAGACGGAGUGUCCAAACAUGGCUGGCUUUACAAAGGCAAUAUGAACAGCGCCAUUAGUGUCACAAUGAGGUCUUUUAAGAGGAGAUAUUUCCAGCUGGCGCAGCAGGGGGACGGAUCCUACAAUCUGAACUUCUACAAGGACGAGAAAAUCUCUAAAGAGCCCAAAGGGACCAUCUUUCUCGACUCCUGCAUGGGGGUGAUCCAGAACAGUAAAGUGCGGCGUUUUGCCUUCGAGCUGAAGAUGCAGGAUAAAAGCACAUACCUGCUGGCUGCCGACAGCGAGGCUGAGAUGGACGACUGGAUCAACAUCCUGAACAAAAUUCUACACAGCUGCUUUGAGCUAGCCAUGCAGGAGCCACGGAACGGAGACCUGCACGACGAUGAUGAGUUGGGAAAGUCAGACGUCUCAUCGGAGAACUUUCAGGACAGUUUUCAGAGUGCCCGAGACAUUGAGUCCAAGAUGCACAAUGAAACACGACUCAAGCUUUUCACCUUGGAUCCGGACACACAGAGGCUGGAUCUGUCGGGCAUCGAGCCGGAUGUGAAGCAGUUUGAGGAGAAGUUCGGGAAGAGGGUUCUGGUCAGCUGCAUUGAUCUGUCCUUCAGCUUACGGAGCUGUGUGACAGAGAACGAGGACGGACCUAUGACUAACGUGGAGCCGUUCUUCGUCACUCUCUCGCUGUUUGAUGUACAAAACAGCAGAAAGAUCUCUGCCGAUUUCCACGUGGACCUCAAUCACCCGCUGGUGCGCGCCAUGAUCUCACCACACUGCUCUGUGAUUUAUGGACAUGAAGAAGAUUCGCACACACAUGCGCAGCUGAACGGACUGACAGAGGGGGCGCUGCAGUACCCCACCCAGGGUGUGUUCUCUGUGACGUGUCCACACCCAGACAUCUUCCUGGUGGCGCGGAUAGAGAAGGUGCUGCAAGGAGGCAUUACACAUGGUGCCGAGCCGUAUAUGAAGAGCUCAGACUCAGCUAAGGUGGCUCAGAAAGUGCUGAAGAACGCCAAAGUGGCCUGCAGCCGGCUGGGACAGUACAGGAUGCCGUUUGCCUGGACCGCCAGGCCCGUGUUUAAAGACGCCUCAGGAACCCUGGACAAAAGCGCUCGCUUCUCCGCGCUGUACAGACAGGAGAGCAGUAAACUGUCAGACGAGGAUCUUUUCAAACUGCUGGCUGAUUUCAAGAAACCUGAGAAGAUGGCCAAGCUUCCUGUCAUUCUGGGAAACCUGGAUGUAACUGUUGACAACGUCGCUCCUGAUGUGAUCAAUUGUGUCACCUCCUCCUACAUCCCUGUGCGUCCCUGUGAGGGAAAUGAGCGUGGGCCUCUGUUAGAGAUCGAGGAGUUUGUACCCUGCAUCGCAAAGUGCUCGCAGCCCUUCACCACCUACAACAAUCAUCUUUACGUUUACCCCAAACACCUCAAAUACGACAACCAGAAGUCCUUUGCGAAGGCAAGGAACAUCGCAGUGUGUGUUGAGUUCAGGGAUUCUGACGAGGACAAUGCAAAGCCACUAAAGUGUAUUUACGCUCGCCCAGGAGGUCCUCUCUUCAGCACACACGCCUACGUAGCAGUGUUGCACCACCAGCAGAACCCAGAGUUCUAUGAUGAGAUUAAGUUAGAGCUUCCAACUCAGCUCCACGAGAAACAUCACCUGCUCUUCACGUUCUACCACAUCAGCUGUGACAGCAGCACAAAGAAGCGGGAGGUCGUGGAGACACCAGUGGGCUCUGCAUGGCUGCCUCUGUUGAAGGAUGGCCGAGUGAUCGUGAGUGAGCAGCACAUCUCUGUGGCAUCGAACUUACCUCCUGGAUACUUGAGCAGCGUUAACAAGCACUCUGCUCCGGAGGUGAAAUGGGUGGACGGAGGUCGUCCUCUCUUCCGAGUGUCCACACACCUCGUCUCCACUGUCUACACCCAGGAUCAGCACCUUCAUAACUUUUUCCAUCACUACCAGAAGAUGGAGUCCGGAUCAGCCCAGGCCACAGAAGGAGAUCUGGUCAAGUACCUUAAAAGUCUCCAUGCCAUGGAGGGUCAUGUGAUGAUUAAGUUCCUGCCGACCAUCCUGAAUCAGCUGGUGCGUGUCCUGACCACGACGAGUCACGAGGACGUGGCGGUGAACACCACCAGGGUGAUGGUCCACAUUGUCGCCCAGUGUCACGAGGAGGGUCUCGAACACUACCUCAGAUCCUAUAUCAAGUAUGUGUUUAAAACAGAAACCUGCUCAGCCGUAAACGGUAAGACGGUGCAUGAGGAACUGGCCCGAGCCAUGACAUCCAUCUUAAAGCCUUCAACCGAUUUCCUCACCAGCAACAAACUCCUCAAGUACUCUUGGUAUUUCUUCGAGGCCUUAGUGAAGUCCAUGGCCCAGCAUUUAAUAGAAACUGGAAAAGUCAAAUUGUCAAGGAACCAGCGCUUCACCGCUUCUUUCCACCACGCUGUCGAGACUCUGGUGAACAUGCUGAUGCCUCACAUCACUCAGAAGUACAAAGACAAUCUGGACGCCGCCCGUAACGCCAACCACAGCCUGGCCGUCUUCAUCAAGCGUUGUUUCACGUUUAUGGAUCGUGGAUUCAUCUUCAAGCAGAUUAACAACUAUGUCAACUGUUUCAUGCCUGGAGAGCCAAAGACGCUGUACGAGUUUAAGUUUGCGUUUCUCAGAGUGGUGUGUAACCAUGAGCAUUUUGUCCCUCUCAACCUGCCCAUGCCAUUUGGAAAGGGAAGGAUCAUGCGCUUUCAAGACCUGCAGCUCGACUACUCCCUGACCGAUGACUUCUGUAGGAAUCACUUUCUGGUCGGGCUCCUGCUGCGGGAGGUGGGCAGGGCCAUGCAGGAGUUUCGAGAGAUCCAGCAGAUCGCCAUAAGCGUUCUGAAGAGCCUGAUGAUCAAACACGCGUUCGACGAUCGUUACGCCUCCAAGAGUCAGCAGGCACGGCUAGCCACUCUCUACUUGCCCCUGUUUGGACUACUUCAGGAGAACGUUCACAGACUUAAUGUCAGAGAGAUGUGCACCAGUCAGAGCAUGAAGGAAGAUCCUCUGUCCAUCAUCUCCACUGCAUCCUCAUAUAAACCUGACAGCAGUCUUCAUAAGGAUGUGUUUGGGGUCAUUUCAGCUUCACCCCACACCUCCACACCCAACAUCAACGCCGUGCGUCACGCCGACUCCCGCGGCUCUCUGCUCAGCACCGACUCUGGAACCAGCAUCACUGAGAAGAGCAGCGAGAAGGUGGAGAAGACCCAGUCUGCAGCUCUUGGGAGCUCUGUUGUGCGCUGUGACAAACUGGACCGAGAGGAAAUCAGGAACCUGCUUAUGUGUUUUCUGCAUGUACUGAAGAGCAUGUCUGAGGAUGCGUUAUUCACGUACUGGAACAAAGCGUCUCCAUCUGAGCUCAUGGACUUUUUCACUCUCAUAGAAGUGUGUCUGCAUCAGUUCCGGUACAUGGGGAAGAGGUUUAUUACCAGGACCCAGGAAGGAGUGGGAUUUAUGACUCCAGACAGGAAAUCAUUGACUCUUCCUGUGUCCCGUAACAGAGCGGGGAUCUUACACUCACGCUUACACCAGCUCGGCAACACAGAGAGCGCACACACCUUUAACCACAUGUAUGGACAUGGUGAUUCUGAUGCGUGUUUGUUGGAGGCCAACAUUUCCACUGAAGUGUGUCUGACUGUCCUGGACACACUCAGCAUCUUCAUCAUGAGCUUUAAGACGCAGCUGUGUGCUGAUUUGGGACACAAUCCUCUGAUGAAGAAAGUGUUCCAGGUGCACUUGUGCUUCCUGCAGAUCCCUCAGUCAGAGAUGGCUCUGAAGCACAUCUUCACCUCACUGCGUGCCUUCGUACACAAGUUCCCGAGUACGUUUUUUGAUGGCCGGGCCGACCUGUGCGCUUGGCUCUGUUAUGAAAUCCUAAAGUGCUGCAAUUCCAAACUGAGCUCGAUCCGGAGUGACGCUGCCCACCUGCUCUACUUCUUCAUGAAGAGCAACUUCGAUUACACAGGCAGGAAGUCCUUCGUCCGCACUCACCUGCAGGUGGUAAUAGCAGUCAGUCAGCUGAUCGCGGACGUUGUUGGGAUCGGAGGAACACGGUUCCAGCAGUCUCUGUCGAUUAUUAACAACUGUGCCAACAGUGACAAGAACAUGAAGCAUACUGCGUUCCCGUCUGACGUGAAGGACUUGACGAAGCGGAUCCGGACAGUGUUGAUGGCCACGGAGCAGAUGAAGGAGCAUGAGAAGGAUCCGGAGAUGCUGGUGGACCUGCAGUACAGUCUGGCCAAGUCAUACACCAGCACACCGGAGCUGCGCAAAACCUGGCUGGACAGCAUGGCCAAAAUCCACGUGAAGAACGGAGACCUAUCUGAGGCAGCGAUGUGUUACGUGCACGUGGCGGCGCUGGUGGCUGAAUACCUGAAGAGGAAAGGAAUGUUCCAUCAGGGCUGCUCAGCGUUUAGCGUCAUCACCCCCAACAUCAGCGAGGAGGCGGCCAUGUUGGAGGACGUGGGAAUGCAGGACGUGCACUUUAACGAGGAGGUACUGAUGGAGUUAUUAGAGGAGUGUGCUGAUGGGUUGUGGAAAGCCGAACGAUACGAGCUUAUCUCAGACAUCUACAAACUCAUUAUCCCCAUUUACGAACAGCGUAGGGACUUUGAGAAACUGGCUCACCUGUACGACAUGUUACACCGCGCUUACACCAAAGUCAUAGAAGUGAUGCAUUCUGGGAAAAGGCUGCUGGGAACCUUCUUCAGAGUGGCUUUUUUUGGUCAGGGUUUCUUUGAAGAUGAAGAUGGGAAGGAGUACAUCUACAAGGAACCCAAGUUCACCCCUCUGUCUGAGAUCUCACAACGCCUGCUUAAGCUCUACUCUGACAAGUUUGGCCAGGAGAACGUCAGAAUGAUCCAGGACUCUGGCAGGGUGAAUCCUAAGGACCUGGAGGCCAAGUAUGCCUACAUCCAGGUGACGCACGUGACCCCCUAUCUCGAAGAGAAGGAGCUCGAGGAGAGAUGCACCGACUUCGAGAGGAACCACAACAUCCGCCGAUUUGUCUUUGAGACGCCGUUCACCGAGUGUGGCAAGAGGCACGGGGGCGUAGACGAGCAGUGCAAGCGCAGAACCGUCCUCACCACCACUCAGUGUUUCCCGUAUGUGAAGAAGCGUAUUGCAGUGAUGUAUCAGCACCACACAGAUCUCAGUCCUAUAGAAGUGGCCAUCGAUGAGAUGAGUGCUAAAGUGACGGAGCUGAAAGGUCUGUGUGCAGCCGCUGAGGUGGACAUGAUCCGUCUGCAACUCAAACUGCAGGGCAGCAUCAGUGUCCAGGUAAACGCAGGACCGCUUGCUUAUGCGAGAGCGUUCCUCGACGACGCCUGCGCUAAAAAAUACCCCGACAACAAAGUCAAACAGCUUAAAGAGGUCUUCAGGCAGUUUGUGGAGGCGUGCGGCCAGGCUCUGAGUGUGAAUGAGAGACUGAUAAAGGAGGAUCAGCAGGAGUAUCAUGAUGAAAUGAAGGCCAGCUACAGAGACCUGACCAGAGAGCUGUCACUUAUCAUGCACGAACAGAUCUCUGCGCUGGAAAUCAGUACAAAGAGCUCGCUCUCAGAUUCGCUGCACAUCUUUAAGGUCAUUAGUGGCAGCCCUGGUGUCUCCGCCCUCCACGGAUUACCUGGCUCCGCCUCCUCGUCCUCCUCUGUGUGACCUUUCAAACCUUAAGACAGGAGGUCAGAAAAUGUAGCAGGAGGAGAAAAGCUGGGACGAUGCAAAUGAAUCAUCGUUAUAUGGAUGUUAUAUGUUUAGAUAUCAAAGACAAAGUUUGCCUCACAUUAUUUAAAUUAAAUAAAAUGCUCAAACCAUGAAGCUAUUUUUCCCCGUAAAACAAAACGCCAAUCAGGUUUUCCAAACGUUUUGAGAAAGCUAAUCUUUUACACAUCAAUAAGGAAUAUUCAGAAGUGAAAUCAGGAAAUGAUUGACUUCAGCAUCGUAGCUCUUUCGUUUCCGCCCAGAUCAAAUGACAGGCUGCAGCUAGUUUUCAACUACUUGCGUCUACCUGCGAUGACAAAAUCGCAGGUAGACGCAAGACUGGUUUUGCGUCGAUGCACGAUGACACAGAUAAUGGCAGAGGGUCUUUAGUAGAGGCAGGUUGACGCAUCGUGAUCUGUUCGCAUUUCAGCUGCGAUUCGCUUCCAAUCGGUGCAAAUAGCAGGUGGACGCAUGUAGAAGGCAGGUCGUAAUCCAGAGAGUGGAGGGGAGGAGCCGAUGGGAGAAAUACAGGAAUGGGUAAUUAGGGAAAAAACGGAGAUUAGAGAUCAACUGCCAAACGAGUGCAAAAGGAAAAAAGCAUGAUAGAGUCCAGAAACGCAGCCCCACAAUGGGAAGGAGCUCUCAGUUUAAAGAACAGAGUUCAGAAGUUCAAAAGUUAAAAGUGCUUCUGCGUCAGGAAAGCAACACGUCCCAGUAAAAGAUGUCCACAGAAGAGCGAAAUACUCCACAGCGUGCAGCAAAGUAACAAAAUAAUAGAAUACAAAAACCGGGGGGGAAAAAAGGGUGAAAAACCAUAUCCUGAGGAGAAGACAAUCCUGCGCCGAAUGAAUAUCCGAGCGGUAUAAUAAAGAGUCGUGGAUGAGCUGAUGAGAGACAGGUGUGCUGGCUGCAGCUCAGGGAAAACCAGGGAAAGGGGUGAAAGAUCUGGUAAGGACCCAGAUGAUCCCGGCUAGCUCGUGACCAAAUUCAGCUUAAAGGAGAACUGGAGUCAUUUUUAAACUUGCUUUAUUUCUUAAUUAACGUGUUAUUAAAUUACGUUUUGGGUUUUAGUAACCUUAUAUCGUGACUCGUAUUGGCAACUAAUUGCAAUUAAAUAUUAUACUUAUCGGCCUAUUCGGUUUUUAGCCGUGUUGAAUUUAGUUCAUUUGGUCCACGGCAGGCGUCGCUUAUCCGCGCGAUCUUCACGAGACUUGUGUGAGACUUCGAAACAUGAAGCGUCAGCCAGGUGUCAGUGCCGCCAUUUUGAAAACUGUUUUCCAAAUGAAAUAUUGCACAAAAACAAGUUUAAAUGACGAUUACUGCCUACUUUUUUCAAACUUUCCUGAUUGCUAUCAAAACAAACAAAACUUCCGGCUUGAUUACGUCAGCAUUCGAAAGAGGGCGCGUGCGGCUUUUGACAGCUUUGGCAGAUGUUGGUCACUUCUUUGAUUUCCGCUGUACGUUUUACUUCCGUCCUACGAUGUCUCACACAGGUCUCAACGAAUCUCGUUUACGGCCAUUGCUUUGCCAUAUGGGCUGGUAUAUUGCAGAGCAUAUUUCAAACACUCAGAACUUACUAUAGCAGCGACAAAAUAGCGAUCAAAAAUGCAUUCCGAUAUUAAAUAAAAUGAGAUAAAUAGAAUUUUGAUGAUAAUAAAUUUGCCUUCAGUCCUCCUUGAAAAAUACUGCGUCUGACCACAAUGAAGGAUUUGACACAAAACGUCUGCGUUCACCUGAGGUUGGUCGCCACCCGACCGAUCACAGGUCGCAGCAUGCGUCUUUCUGCCGUCUGACCUGGGCAUUCAUCACACCACACAGUUUAUUAUUUUCCUGGAACUGCACACCACCAUGUCUCCGUCUCGGUGUCCUUUUUAAAAUGUUUUUCAACACAAAACGCAAAGGAAACUUUGCAUCUGUGCAAUCGUGUGUGUGUGUGUUUGUUUUACUGUGUCUUAUUUUAUUAUUUAAUUCGUAUAUCUCUUGCCAAAGAGACGAGGGAGAUGAAAUGUGGCGUGUGUUCGUUACGAUUUUUAAAUCUUUCUUAUUCGGUUUUGUAUCCGAGUCUGUUUUUGUUGAACACAGUGACACGUGUUUGAAUUUGAAGAGUUGUGUAAAAUAUUUGAUGUUUUCUUUUUAAUAAAAAAAAGAAAUGACUGUACAACAA